GACCCAGGAAAAACUAGCGCCGAUCAUUCCGCAGUACUGGACACCUAAUACAUCCUACUACAAACGAUGAUCGCUCCAGACCACUAAUGGAACCUGGCCACUGUCUUCCAGUACAUGGAUCGUUCCAUUGUAUGCCACCCAUUGAUUUGUUGGCAAUUGACCUUUGAAAACACCACAUUCCUGCUGUAGUGUUAUAUUCUUGACAUGUCAACAUGAAAUUGUUUACUCUCAUCGUCGCACUCUUCUAUAUUUUAUCUAGCGCUUGCGCGAGCCCGGAGCUCGGCAAGUUCGAAAGAUAUCAGUCUCUCUCUCGAUCCAUUCCCAUCGAUCUGGAUGACUCGUCGUAUGAAGACUUGACAUCAAAGCCUCGCGACUACCACGUCGCGGUACUUUUGACGGCUGCUGAAGCUCGCUAUGGGUGCAUUUUAUGUCGCGAGUUCCAGCCAGAAUGGGAGCUCAUCUCGCGAAGUUGGAACAAAGGUCCUAAACCUGAUGGCCUAAAAAUGCUAUUCACCACCCUUGACUUCAGUAAUGGCAAAGCAACUUUCCAAAAGCUAAUGCUCCAAACUGCGCCGGUUCUUCUUGUGUUUCCUCCAACUGUUGGCCCCUUUGCUAAAGUUGAUGAUGCGCCCAUUAGAUUUGACUUUAGUGGUCCAAUCUCUGCUGACCAGCUUUACGUGUGGAUCAAUCGUCAUCUUCCGGAGGGGCCGAAACCACCUCUUGUUCGUCCCAUUAACUACAUGCGACUCAUUUCUGCAGUGACAAUCUUAAUGGGCGUGUUGACCUUGUUCACUGUUCUGUCGCCGUAUGUUUUACCGGUCAUACAGAAUCGUAACUUGUGGGCCGCAUUCAGCUUGAUUUCCAUACUUUUAUUCACAAGCGGCCACAUGUUCAAUCAUAUCCGCAAAGUACCGUAUGUUGUUGGCGACGGCAAAGGUGGCAUUAGCUAUUUCGCCGGUGGAUUCUCAAAUCAGUUUGGAAUGGAAACGCAGAUCAUUGCUGCCAUAUGUAAGUACGGCUAACUGACAGCCAACGCAAUAUUGAAUGUCUAUGUUCCUGCUGCUGAUGCAAUACCGUACAAGAUGCCAUCCUUUCCUUUGCGACAAUAGCUCUCGCGAUGAAAGUACCCCGUAUCGCGGACAGUAAAGCGCAGCAAGUGGCUGUGCUAAUCUGGGGAACUGUAUUAUUUGGUAUGUACAGCUUUCUUCUGAGUGUCUUCAGGGCAAAAAAUGGCGGAUAUCCUUUCUUCCUGCCCCCAUUUUAGUUCAAGUCGCAGUCGCAACGCCUAUCGCCUCUUCCACCAGAGUUUGCCCAAUGAUUGCAGUGAAAAGAACUGGAACAAGCUGAAGGCUUGGACUCGGCGAUUACUUGGGCCAGCAAUACCUGAUUAGGGCAUUUCGAGCUAGGAAAUGAACUUUAAGAACAACUACCUUCCGGCUUUCUCGAUGGUAACGAGGUGUACUAGUGUUGCAUCCUGGCUAUGUACCCCUCAACGCGCAUGUGUAUAAUUAUAGCUAGCUAGAAUAAGGUUAGCUGAUGCUGUCAAACACGUAGAACUUUUCCAUAUAGCGGCUGCUUUCAUC